AUGCCCGCUGAUCAGGGGUCCCUCUAUGGGAAACCCCGCACCAAAAAGGACAAUAACGAGCAAACGGCUUCGAACCUCGCAUUUACCUCCCAGCUAUCAUCUCUUAUCGCUCAAAGUGCGACCAAUGCGCCUUCGCAAGGGCGCCAGCGUCCUUCCAAAAACCCCAAAUCAGACAUCUUUGCAAAGCACAACAAAGGAUCCCAGAAACGUGCCGCUGCCGAUCUCCUAGAUGACAAUCGAGCUCUCAAACAAGUCCACAGGAACACCCAAGAUAUCGGCUCUGUGGACACCGCCACCCUUGGCCGGUCUCGUCGCCGUAUGGAGGAGAAAGUGAGGAUGUACGAUGAUAUGAAGAAAGGUCUUUACCUCACUGGCGAUAGCGAUGACGAUGACGACAAUGCUCCAAUUGAUCCGUCUGACCCUGAGGCUUAUCUGAAACGACUGCGACGCAAGGAGAAGGAGGGAUUGGUUGACUUUGAUCUCAAAGAUACAAACGAGCAAGAAUUCAAGCCCGAUGAUUCGGAUGAAGACACUUCUUCGGUCAUUUCUUAUGAAGAUGAAUUUGGUCGUUCCCGCCGUGGUACCCGUGCGGAGGCUGCCGAGGCUUCUCGUGCCAAGGAUGAAGCAGCUGGCGGCGAAUCUGCCCAGGAGCGUUGGCGACCCGCUCGUCCCGACAAUUUGAUCUACGGAGAGGCUGUUCAAACUGAAGCCUUUAAUCCAGAUGCUGAUGUAGCCUCGAAAAUGUCUCAUCUCGCUGCUCGUCGUGACCGCUCGCCUACCCCACCUGAAAACAAACACUACAAUGCCGAAGAAGAAGUGCGCAAUCGUGGAACUGGCUUCUAUACCUUUUCUGCAGACGAAGAGGAGCGCAAGAAGCAAAUGGAACAGCUCGAGAUCAUGCGGAAGCUCACAGUUUCGAAGCGGCUGUCCGCCCAGGAGGAAAUUGCGCAAAGAAAGGCCAAAAAAGAAGCGAGGAUUCAAGACUGCAUCGACUUCUUCGCCCGGCGGAAGGCACUCCAGGAGGCAGCACAACGCGAGAGAGAGCUCAAUCCCCCUCCUCCAAUUGACCCAUCCGACAUGCCUGAUCCCGAGCUUGACUUCUUACCUCUGGAACACCAAAGGCCUAGCUGGGUCCCUUGGUUUGUGAGGAACCCUCGACGGCUUUUUGAGCCUGUUCCCUGGAAACUUGCGGAAGAAAAGCCGAGCGAGCCAUCGAAACCGGGAGAGGCAGGGUCGGAACAGCCGCGAUAG